CCUAUUUGUUAACUGCAGGAAGUAAUUUCCUUUCAAUAAAAGCUGCAUUCUUUGAAAAAGAAUUGACUCUAAUUUCCCCUCAUACGCUUUUAGGUACAGAGCAAUUGUCAAUCCAAUGGAUAUUCAAGCACCCAACGCUGUCUUGUGGACCUGUAUCAAAGCUAUUGCCAUCUGGAUAAUAUCCAUUCUGCUAGCAGUUCCUGAAGCAGUAUUCUCUGAAGUAGCAAACAUCAACGACGCAGAUAAUGUCAGUUUCACAGAAUGCAUACGGUAUCCCUUGAAGGAUGAUUUGCACCCAAGGAUCCAUUCAGUGAUGAUACUUUUGGUAUACCUCCUUAUCCCGUUCACCAUCAUUAGUGUUUACUAUUACCAUAUUGCAAGGACUUUAAUUAAGAGUGCACAUAAUCUACCUGGAGAAAACAGUGCACAAUCUAAAAGACAGAUGGAAACACGAAAGCGCCUGGCCAAAAUUGUGCUUGUCUUCGUUGGGCUUUUUGCAGUAUGCUGGUUGCCCACCCAUAUCCUAUACAUGUACCGGUCCUUUAACUACACGAAGAUCGACCCAUCACUUGGCCAUAUGGUUGUUACGCUGGUAGCCCGAGUGCUCAGCUUCUGCAAUUCUUGCGUAAACCCAUUUGCCCUCUACUUCCUCAGCGAGAGCUUCAGGCGGCAUUUCAACAGUCAGCUUUGCUGUCGCAUGAUGCCUCGUCCACAGAGAUCUGGCAGCUACCUGCACAGUUCCUCGGCCAUUCGAAUGACUUCAAUGGAGAAUGCCAGGAACACUGUUACCAUGACAACACUACUGAAUGGGCACAACCCAAAACAAGAUAUAGCAUUGUGAUUUAACCAGUGCAAUGCAUGAGCUUGGAAUGAGCUGGGUUUAAGCUAUAUAUUUUUGUUGCCAAUCAAAAUUCCUUAAAACAGAAAAUUGAUGAGCGGUCCCUGAUCCAGGGAUGAUUGUUUUAAAAUUCAUCUUCAUGUUGGUUUUGUAGGAAUUAGGAAUAUUAUUCCUGACUUAAAAAGGUAUUUGGUUGGUUGGAAUUGCUGAACAUAAAAUAAGAAAAAUGCACACUAUAAAAAGAAACAUGCAUGAUAGGUUGUUUUUUAAGAAAUGAAAAAGUACUGACUUACUUAAAUGAUAACUUGAAGGUAGGGAUGCUUUGGAAACUCUGUGGCUGGGUUUAAUAUCUUCUCACAAAAGAUUAUCCUCUCAAUCCAGAAAAUAAGAUAUGUAUACUCUGUUAAUGUGCAUGUAUAUCAAUAUGUAGCUUCACAUAGCUAUGCUUCUCCAGUCACCAUUGAACUUAAUACACAUAUCUAAUGAGGAUGGGAAAAUACAUCUUGAUUCAGGUCACAAGCCAUGUAGAACAAAGCAUGAUUAGAGAUGGAUCAGUGCCUAUAUAUGCAAAUAGGACAGCUACAUAUUAUGCACGGUUAGGUUAGGUAGCACUGAUAAAUUAGGAACAUGCACUAGGAUUAUGGACUCUUGAUUCUGCCUGUGGGGCACAGUGUUAACCGGCUGCAAACUGUCAUCAUAAAGGCUAAUUCUUCUCACCCACUGCACAUGCUAAGAUUUUAGGUGUAUCCAACAGGCAUUGCAGUGGACAACAGGUGAAGCAGUUUGAUCAUUUUGCCAGAAGGCUAGAUUGCCUGACGGCUACAAUGAGCUGUGCAAGCUUUUUAUAGCAUCUCAUCUUACA